AUGGAUCAAAGUACAAUUCAAUAUUUGGAGAAGGUAAUUUUUACCACCAGCAUAUCAAGUGAGAAAUCAAAAAGAUGUGUGGUCGCUUUUGCAAGGCGUAAUGCUAUAUCAUACCGACACGGAACAGAACAUUCAAAAUUUGAACUUCAUGAUGAAUUGGUGUUAAAUAAUGUUAAAAAUCCAAACAUAAUCAUUAGGGUUGGUUUUAAGUUCUUCAAAAGAGUGAGUUAAAAACACGUUUUGUAAAAACCUAAACUUUCUAUUGGAAAAAUCCAUCUGACAAAGAAAUUGUAUAAGGUCACGGAAUAAACUUUCUAUGAGACUUGGUACACAUAUAGGUUCGAACACACAGAUCUCGAAUCGGUUUUCAAAAAUUGCCACAAAGGGAGUUUCGCGUCAUUAAAAAUUGAUCAUUUUUUCAAGUGCCAUUUUCAUAUUCGACAUUUUUGACACUAAAAAUAAUUUUCUGCUCAUUUCUAGAUGCUCUUGUAUCUUUAAUAAAAAUUGACGGAUUCUGAGUCUUUGGGUCUUCUUACAAAAAAAUGUUUUGAACUUUUUUCAGGUUUCGGUCGUUUUUAUCUCCGAUAGAAACGAUUACAUAGUUUUUCAAACAAUUGAUGACCCUUUCCCGGAUAUUCCAAUUGGCUAUGAAAUUAUCUAUCGAGGUCAAGAUUAUCGUUCGUUGGGACUCGAUUUUAAUAGAGGAUUAGUGUGGAAAAACGGCAUCAUCUCGUCAGCAGGAGGUAGUUUUGAGAUUUUUAAAAACAUUCACAUUUUGAUUUAGCUGGAUAUAUCAAUGGAUCUUCUCCUUGUGAAAAAGGCGAUAGCGGAUCUGCUGUAUUCGACUUGACUGGCCGGAUUUUGGGAAUAGUAGUUGAUAAGAAAUCUUUUAAAUUUUCAAAUCUCAACAUCAGCAAAGGGACUGUUGAUUCCGCAAUUGAGACACCAAAAGUGAAUUGUACGGAAAUUGCUGACCAUUUCAAUAUAACCAUCAUUUUUCCUAUACACACUGUAUUAUCAAAUUUAGAUGUUCCGGAGGAAACACUGGUGAGUUCAUCUGAUUUGCAGAUUGGUUGAAUUUCAAUUUUUAGUACGAACCUGUUGAAAAAAAACCAAAUUUUGCUGCCGAGGAAGGAACAAUUUAA